AUGGACGUAUUUCUCAUUCCCCAACAAGAGCCCAUCACUGUGUAUGCAAGCAACGAACCUCUCACUCUGCGCUGCCUGGGCUUAAUAUGGGCCACUGUGACUACUGCUGCUGCUGCUGCUGCUGCUGCUGCCCCUGCUGUCGCUGCCCCUGCUGCCCCUGCUGCUGCUGCUGCCGCUGCUGCUGCCACCGCCACUGCUGCUUCUGCCGCCGCUGCCGCUGCUGCUGCUGCUGCUGCUGCUGCUGCUGCUGCUGCUGCUGCUACUGCUGCUGCUUCUGCUGCUGCUGCUGCUGCUGCUGCUGCUGCUGCUGCUGCUGCUGCUGCUGCUGCUGCUGCUGCUGUGGAAACGGCAUCUCCUGUGAGUGAUGUGGGUGAGAGGACUGGAAAUUGA